AUGUACUCGUGGAGGGUUAAGGCGCUGAGGAGUUGGAUGGGGGAGUUCAAAGCCGAUGGCGAAAGGCAGCUUAUGGUUUCGGAUCUCGAGAGCUUGGGUCAUCUGGACCAGUACCACUAUCGUGGCCUAGCUGCAUGUGAUGAGGUUAUUGCCACUCUGGGCCUCGGUCCUGGUAUGAAGGUGCUUGACGUUGGCUGUGGUGUUGGCGGUCCUGCCAGAUAUAUAUCGUAUAAGUCGGGAUGCUCGGUGGUCGGCUACGAUGUGCAGGAGGAGUUAAUUGAAGUGGGGAAGGAAAUUACGGAGGCGGUGGGCCUGUCGAAUAAGGUCGACCUUGUUUGUGGUGAUGCUGCAAAAGAUAUGUAUGCUUCGGAAAAUAGAGAAAAAUUUGACUCUGCGUUCUCGCUGCUGGUGAUACUCCACAUCCCUGAUCGUAUAGCUGUUUUGAAGGCCAUGUAUGAGGCCCUGAAACCUGGCGGAUCGGUAUUGAUAGAAGACAUGGUCCAUCUCACUAAGGAAGGGCCCUUCACUACGAAGGAAGGGCAACUCCUUCGGGACAUGGUUGGAGCUCACAAAGUCUCCGAUGUGGAAAGGAGAGACCUGUUGGAGGCAGGUUUUGUGGACAUCGAGUUCAGGGAUUUGACCAGCAUCUGGCGGCCGUGGUCGCAGCAGAGAUCGGACGAUUAUGAGGCGAGUAAGGAGCGACAGAUAUCUAGUAUUGGAGAAGAGCAUUAUUGCAAUCGUUCUAAGUUCUACGCUGCAGUGGCGGAGCUGUUCAGAGGAGGUCGUCUUGGCGGUGUGAGUAUCACUAUGAGGAAGCCAACAGUUAUGGAGAGGAAUUUGAUAAAGGGUCGAGCUGCUCUGGCAGAGGAGAGAAUACUCGAGGGCAAGGGCGGCCGUUGGAUGGAAAUCAAACUGGCGACCAGUUGGGCAUUGUUCGAUUAA